GCGGGGCCAGAUCUGGGGCCCGCCUCCACUAGCUCUCGUGAGCCUCCGGGUGCUGGGCACCCCGACUGUUUCAGGCGCUUCAGAGGCGCCAGCCAAGAGACCCUGGGCGGGCGCCUGGCGCAGCUGCCUCUCCGAGUUUGCCUGUCCGUCUCUGUGUCUGUCUCUGUGUCUGUCUGGCUGUCCCCGAGCUUGCCUCCACUUCUAGAACUAAGCUUCCGGUACGCCGACGAGCCGCGAACCUUCAGCCCUUUCCCAUGGCAGGAUACUUGCCCCCCAAAGGCUACGCCCCUUCGCCCCCUCCUCCCUACCCUGUGACCGCCGGGUACCCGGAGCAGGUGCCGCAUCCCGGGCCCGGGCCCGCGCCAGUGCUCGCCCACGUGCCUGCCCCUGCUCCCGGCUUCGCCCUCUUCCCCUCGCCCGGCCCCAGUGCCCCGGCGCCUGCCUCCGGACCUGCUGCCCCCUUGCUGCUGCCCGGGGUGCCUUCUGGUCUCCAGUUCUUGGUGCAGAUUGAUCAGAUCUUGAUUCACCAGAAGGCUGAGCGAGUGGAAAUGCUCCUAGGCUGGGACACAAGUAACCGGUAUGAACUGCGCUCAGGGGCUGGGCAGCCCCUGGGUCAGGCGGCUGAGGAGAGCAACUGCUGCGCCCGUCUGUGCUGCGGGGCCCGCCGGCCCCUUCGUGUCCGCCUGGUGGAUCCCGGGGACCGAGAGAUGGAAGUACAGUCUCCACCCGGCACCACCAUUGGCCAUGUGCUACAGACCUGGCAUCCCUUCCUCCCCAAGUUCUCCAUUCAAGAUGCUGAUCGCCAUACAGUCCUGCGAGUGGUAGGGCCCUGCUGGACCUGUGGCUGUGGCACAGACACCAACUUUGAGGUGAAGACUCCGGAUGAGUCCCGCAGUGUGGGCCGCAUCAGCAAGCAGUGGGGGGGGCUGCUCCAAGAAGCCCUCACGGAUGCAGAUGACUUUGGCUUGCAGUUCCCGCUGGAUCUGGACGUGAGAGUGAAGGCUGUACUGCUGGGAGCCACAUUCCUCAUUGACUACAUGUUCUUCGAGAAGAGAGGAGGCACUGGGCCCUCUGCCAUCACCAGCUAGAUGGCAUCUCAGGGUGAGGAGACCAUCACCUCAACCAGAAUUCAAGAUGAUCACCUGCCCUGGCCUGGCUCCUCCUCAGAGGCAGACCCUUUUCUCCAUGUACAAUGCAGAGGACACACAAGGAUGUCUAAGAGGCUGGGGGCCAUGGUCCCCCAUCCCUACCCUACUCCCCUGGCCUCCUUCACCUGUGGCCCCCACAGAAGGGUAUGUAUGAGAGCCCUUCCCCUGCUCUCUCUCACCACUGUCUCCAGCAAUCCCUCAGCACACAGGUAUUUUGGCUUUCGAACUUGCCCUACUCAGUUCCUCCCACCCCCUUCCAGGACCUCUGCUCUGGGUGAGGCCUUUGGAAUCCAGGGCUCUGGAGUUUUACAACAGAGCUAGGGUGGGAAAGGGUAAGCAGCACCAAAGAUGGCUGAUAUGGCCACCCUUCCCUGCCUUAGCCUGACCAAUUAUUUCAGCCUCAGAACAUGGCACUCAGAGGGUAUUCCCACUUCCCAGCAACAGCUCUAGGGCCUAGGCCCCAGUGCCAACCUCCUCUCUCCCUUGGCCCCUGCCCUCAGCUGGUGCUUGCUGCAGCUCCAUGUGCCUUAACCACCCCUUCCUUCCCUGUUCCUACAAAGGAGGCUGCAUCUUUGUAUGUUAUAUUCAUAUAAACUUUGUAACUUUUUGGA